UUUCCCCCCGACGGAACUUUCUCUUUUAUUUUUGUACCACAAUAAUAAUCGCACAAGACGAUCGCGGUGCUGCUGAGGGAAGCGUGUGCAGGAAGCUUUUACUAUGUUUAUAAAUUUACUCCGUGGAAGUGAAAGUAAAAUCCGCUCGUGUACCUUUCGCCCGCUACACCACCUCGCCAGCAGAAAUGGGUUGGAAAGGACGGCAGCCAGCGGCAGAAACACGCGCCACUGUGCUGGAGGAAAGCGAUCGUACAUCAGCACAAGCCGGUACAGCGUUGCAGAAGACAGAUUUCGUAAUCGACAGCUGAUAGCCGGCAAUCUGUGGGCCGAAGCAUCUCCAAGGCGUCACCUAGCAAGCAACGGCGGGAAGGUGGAAGAGAGCGCCAAAAAUGGUGCAAUUGCCGGCAAGGAGCCGGACUCGAUUGCGAAACAGCCGGCCAAGCUGCAGCUCCGAUCGUCCGAUGUGAAGCGUUUGCUGGGCUUUGCGAAAUCGGAGCAGUGGAACAUUACAGGUGGCAUUGGCUGUUUGAUAAUUUCAUCCGCCAUCACCAUGUCGGUACCGUUCGGGUUGGGCAAAAUUCUGGACAUCAUCUACGCCAGCUCGGCCGAAACGGGCAUGGCGAAGGAGAAGCUGGACCAGUUCUGUUUGCUGCUCGGGGGCAUCUUCCUGCUCGGCGGACUGGCCAACUUUGGCCGGGUGUACCUGUUCAGCAAUGCCUCACUUCGAAUAACGAAAAACAUCCGCGCCAAGGUGUACAGCUCGAUGCUGAACCAGGAGGCCGGCUGGUUCGACCGGAAGGGUACGGGCGAGCUGGUCAAUCGGCUGUCCUCCGACACGUACCUGGUGGGCAACUCGCUCAGCAUGAACCUCUCGGAUGGGUUGCGCUCGACCGCAAUGAUACUGGCCGGCACGGGCAUGAUGAUCUACACCUCGCCCCAUCUCGCGCUGGUCGGCAUGUGCAUCGUGCCGUGCGUCGCGGGCGGUGCCGUCGUGUAUGGCCGCUAUGUGCGCAACAUUACGCGCGAGCUGAUGGACAAGUACGCGGAGAUCAUGAAGAUCGGCGAGGAACGGCUGGGCAACGUGAAGACGGUGAAGGUGUUCUGCAAGGAGCGGUUCGAGAAGCAGCUGUUUUCCGAGCAGCUGCUCGAUGCGCUCAACAUUGGCUACCGGGAGACGAAAGCACGCGCGACAUUUUACGGCAUGACGGGGCUGUCGGGCAACAUUAUCAUCCUCUCGGUACUGUACUACGGCGGCACGAUGGUGAACAACGCGGAAAUGACGAUCGGUGCGCUGACGUCGUUCAUACUGUACGCCGGCUACACCGCCAUCUCGAUCGGUGGGCUAAGCAACUUCUAUACCGAGCUGAACAAGGGCGUCGGUUCCGCUAGUAGGCUGUGGGAAAUCAUCGACAGGAAGUAUGCAAUUCCGAUCGAUGGAGGAAUUGAGGUGAGUAAUCCACCGGCGGGGCAGAUUCAGUUCCGUGACGUUGUCUUCCACUAUCCAUCCCGACCGGACGCACCGAUCCUGAACGGUGUAAACUUGACAAUCGAACCGGGUACCUCGACUGCCGUCGUGGGACGCAGCGGCUCCGGCAAAUCGACCAUCGCAUCGUUAAUGUUAAGGCUUUACGAUCCGGCACAAGGAUGCGUUCGGCUGGAUGGGACCGAUCUGCGCGACCUAAAUCCCUCCUCACUGCGGCGCCACAUCGGAGCAGUUAAUCAGGAACCGGUACUGUUCAGCGGCAGCAUACGGGAAAACAUCCUGUACGGGUUGAACAUGGGCGAGAAAAUCUCCGAAAGCGCCUUCCAGCGGGUCGUGCGGGAAGCGCACGUGGACGAGUUUGUGCGCCACUUCCCGGACGGGCUGGAUACGCUGGUCGGCCAGCGCGGUGUGAUGCUGAGCGGCGGCCAAAAGCAACGCGUUGCGAUCGCGCGGGCAAUCAUACGGAACCCCAAAAUACUGAUCCUGGAUGAGGCGACCAGCGCACUGGACGCGGUAUCGGAGGAGCUGAUACAGAACGCGCUCGAGCGGCUGACCAAGAACCGGACCGUGCUGACGAUCGCCCACCGGCUGAGCACGAUCCGCAACGCGACCAACAUUGCGGUGCUGCGAGAUGGGCAGAUCGUGGAGCACGGCAACUACGCGCAGCUGAUCGCGACCGAGGGUGGCGUGUUUCGGGAGCUGGUGCAAAGGCAAACGUUCAGCACGACGGCGAUUAGUUAAUGCGAGGUGGCGGGAUAUUGGUUUUGUUUGUAGCAGGUUUGGUUUUGCAAUUUGGGUUGUCGAGUUUUCGGCUUCGUUUUUCAUUUGUUAGAGAGAUUCGCCUUAUUUUUUUACACAUUCUCUUCCGCUGUGGUACGGUGUAAGGGGAGGGGGAUAGGAGAGAAAGACGUACAUAGUUUUGUUUUAGUAUUUAUUUACGUUCCAGGCUCGUAUUGUCUUGUGUGCCCGCAUCGCGUCAGAAGUUGUUGUUUUCCUUCCUUAAAUUGUUUCUUUCCUUCAUUACAUUACCUCACGCGCCGGAGCACACAGACAAAUGACACACUAUUAGCACAGUAACAAACUGCCGGGAAGAUGGAAAUGGAAUAGUAAACGAUGUGUAAGAGAAA